AACGAUAAGAAAGUCGGAGACAGCGUAGUGAAGGGGAAGGAGAAUAAUACAGACUCGCAGAUUUCACCGGAGGAGAUCUCCGGCGAACAGAGAGAAAGAGAGUGUUUGCGUGUGCUCUUUUUCUCUUUCGUUUCAUCGGUUCGAUUUCAGUCUCCGUAUCUGCAUUUUGCAAGUCUCGAGUUCUUGGUUUUGUCUCCGACAGGCAGGUGUAAGUUGGCAAUGGCUACCUCCAAGCAAUCACAGAAUGUUAGGAACUUGAUUUACCCAGGAAAGCAUGCUUUGCUUCCUCCAAAAAUUCCUUUUCCUAGCGUGUCAGCAUCAUAUGCUGAAUAUAUACCUAGUGAGUUUAACGGAUCAAAGCCUGUUCGAAAGCCCAGAGAAGGAAAAGGGCACCACCAGCGGACUUCUUCUGAAAGCUAUCUAACAGAAGAACAGCCUUCUUGGCUUGAUGAUCUUCUCGAUGAGCCAGAGACUCCUGCUAGCAGAUCUGGCCAUCGGCGUUCAUCAAGUGAUUCUUUUGCAUAUCUUGAUGCGGUUAACGCUUCAAAUGUAAGUUUGACUCUGAAUGAUUUCAAAUAUAGGAGUGUGGUUCCUGCUCCUCAACGAGGAAUUCAGAAGUUUGAUCGUAGCCAAAAAGCCCAGGAUGCCUCGUUGUACUCUGAUGCUGGUUUUGUAAAACAAGAUAAUAGACUUUGGAAUAAUUUGAUCGCCUCGGGGGCUCAUCCUGGGUUGCUUCCUUCCACUAGAGAAAGCAUUGGCCGCCAAAACAUAGGAGCUUUGGCUAUGUCUCAAGAAGAAGAUACAGUAACAUGUUCGCCAGCCGAAACAAAGAAUUCUGCAGAAAGUCUUUCUCAUAACCUAAAUAAGGUGUCUCCUGAGAGAAGAAUCCCCAAUCCUUUUCCUGUCAUUUCUGAAGCUGACAAUACAAAACAUUCCAAACAGCAAUUUGCGCAACGGUCAAGGGUACGCAAGCUUCAGUACAUAGCUGAGUUGGAAAGGAAUGUACAAGCUUUGCAGGCAGAAGGUUCUGAAGUUUCAGCUGAGCUUGACUUUCUUAACCAGCAAAAUCUUAUUCUGAGUAUGGAGAAUAAAUCUCUUAAGCAGCGGUUGGAAAGUUUAGCUCAUGAGAAGCUCAUCAAACAUUUGGAACAGGAAGUACUCGAAAGGGAGAUCGGGAGGCUACGAAGAGCCUUGUAUCAGCCACAACAGGAACAAGAGCUGCCUCAGAAACCAUUAACCAAUCACCGGCGUGCAACUAGCAAAGAUCUCGACUCUCAAUUUGCUAACCUUUCCCUGAAAAGCAAUGAUCUGAGCGCUACCCAUGACUCUACAUCCACGACAGAAGAACUGAGAGAAAGACGGGGAGAAGGCUAAUGUCAGCGGAAGCAGCACGGUUGGGCAGCCUCGGGUAGUCAUCGGGUGAAGGCAUGACACAUUCAUCACCGUUGAAGAGAAUUCUUCGGGGAAAAGCCCAACCUUCACUGAAGGGGAGAAGAAGAGAAGAGAAGACAAGUGAACUUACUAAGGUAGCCGUACUGGCGAAGGGGCUUGUAGUUGAAGCUGAAUACCUGUUGGAUGCUCUUCAAAUUCGGGUGCAACACCACCAGUGGACUUUUAUUGGGCACAUAUGCCGUGUACACUGCACCACCGGUGGCACUUCCACAGUAGGAUCUUGGUGCUGUUGCAGCAACUGAGGCGCCUCUCCUUUGCUGAAACAAUCACAAAAACCACAGAUAUCACUUCUUCAUACAAUUUGUUUGCAUCUUAUCUUUUUAACUACAUUGGUUAGCAUUGCAGGAUGAAAAUAGAGUUCGAGCAAAACGGGUUUGAAGAGUUUUACUUGACACAGCGGGCCCCGGACAGACCUUGGCAGCCACAACUACACCUCUGGCAAGGAACAACAGUUUCGUUGUAGAAAGCAGACAACGAGACACAGCAUUUAGGGGCCGGUGACGACUGAAUCUGCGAAUAUACGCACGUAAUAUGCCAAGUUGCUGCCCAAAAAAUGCAUCAUAUAAGUCUGAAAUCUAACAUGUCUUCAUAUCUCUUAAUCUUGCCAAAUUUCUUUCAGUAGAAAAAAAAACACACUAGCGUACA